GAGAGAGGGCAUGCCCUUAUCCUCCUCUUGCCUGUGGGCUUCCUAGAGGCAUCUGGUGGGCCACUGUGUGAAACAGGAUGCUGGACUAGAUGGGCCUCCUUGGGCCCGAUCCAGCAGGGCUAUUCUUAUAUUCUUAAGGUGCUGGACUAGAGGGGUUCAGCAGCAGCAGCAGCCAGGCUCAUUGGAUGUCUUGGUGUGAACCUGGCCUCCUUCUGGACUGGGUCCCUCCCUGAUCCUGCCCAGGCCCAAGAGGCUUCCUUCCUUCCUUCCUUUCUCCCUCCAGCGGCAACUUUGCAGGAGCCCCCCAGAGGCUCGGCUUGCCUUAGCUGGGUCGAUGGUCCUCCUGCUGCCCUCCAGGCACUGGGUGGCCUACCACUAGGGGAGCAGAGCGCCCUGCCCAGAGGACCCCUGCUGCAAUGGCAGCUGCCUCCAGCCCCAAGUUCAAGCUGAUUCUUCUGGGGGACUUUGGGGUGGGGAAGACCACCCUCUUCCACCGUAUCCGGACAGGGCACUUCCUGGAACACGCCCACACCCUCGGCCAGCACAUGGACACAUGUGAGAAAACCCUGUCACUGAAACACCAUCGCAGCCACCUCCAGGUGCAGAUCUCCCUGUGGGACACAGCUGGUGAGGAGCGCUUCCUGUCUCUGAGCAGCUGCUACUAUCGAGAUGCGGACGCAGUGCUGCUGGUGUAUAGCAUCCCCGGCCCCGUCUCCUUCGACAACCUCUCACACUGGCUCUGCGUGGCCAGGCAAUACUGUGCUGAUGCCGAUAUCUUCCUGCUGGGCAACAAGAGUGACCUGGAGCCUUGCGUCUCCGAGGAGAAGGCCGAGAGGUUUGCUGUGGAGCACUGUGCCUCUGGGAAGUACAAGGUGUCGGCCAAGACAGGCGAGAACGUGGACCAGUGCCUGCAGGAAAUGGUGGAGAGGCUCCUCCGCAAGAAGGAAUUCCAGCGCAGCGGCUUCCACCCACCCCUGCAAGAAGUGGGCUACUACAGCCACUGUGGGUGCUGAGAGCUGGGCUGGGCCUCCCCGACAAGGCCCCCUCCCUGCUUUGGCAUGAAAGGAAUAGCCGCCACACAGGCGCACUGUGGCAUGCACACACACACCCCACCCGGGAGCCUUUCCCUGCGCCCUGCGUCAGAUCUGGACUGGCACCCUCUGUUUGGAGCAAGCAUGCUGCCGCCAGUGGUGCUCUCGGCUGAAUGGUGGUCUCUCAUGCUUCCCCUUUAACAAGGUGCUGGUAUCCACAUUGCUGUGGGUGUCAUGGCCGAGGAGGACAGCCCUCGGGGACAGCCUUUUCUGCAGCUCUGGAGGCUGCAGCCAUGCCGGGGCAGGGACAGCUUCUGCUGGUGCCUGUCGAGCGAGCGGGCACACCCCUCCGGAUGCCAGCCCAUCAUAGUCCUGCAGGCCCUCUCUCUCUCUCUGGGCAAGGCUGCGUUCCUUCAUCCCAGGAGUGGCCAGCCCCCACUGUCCCCAGCUGCAACUCUGUGGCCUCUUCUGCGAGUGACCUUGCACCAGUCUUGGGCUUUCUCAAGAUGGCUGCCUGCCUGAGAGGAAGGCAAAGCAAAGCUCCCCACUGAGCUCCCAAAGCCUGGAUUCCAGGAGUUCUCAGCCUUGGGGCCCCCUGCUGUUGUUGGACGGUGACUCUGCUCAUCCCCAGCCACAAUGGCCUCAGUGGCUGUGGGUGAUAGGAGUUGUAGUCCAACACCCAAAGGGACCCAAGGCUGAGAAGCCCUGCUGUGUCUUAAAGGGCAUUUGCCAGGGUCGAGGAGUCCGGGGGUGGGUGCGAGGGGGUGGUCUGUGCUGCAGUGCAUGGGGGGGGUGUGUGUGGGGAAUGCAAGGAUGUGUGGAGUAGGGGAUGGGAAGCUCUGCAAAUUGGGCACGAAGCGGGCUGUUGCCAUAGGAACAGCGUCAAGAGGUGUGAUACUCAAGCCUCUAGAUCCUUUUCUGUGGGAUUUAGGAGCAGCUCCUGUUGAUGCUGGCUUGGAGGGGGCACCAUGACAGUUAAAAUGAAAACACUUCUAUAACAUUAGAGGAAAUCAUUUGCUUUUAUUCGCGGAUAUGUGCCAUGAUUAAAAAUAGAUUUCCAGGUAUAGAGAUGCAGAUGUAUUUUAUAUUGCAGGGACAAAUCCUACAUGCCAUUUGUGCAUCAGCAUUAUGAAAGGGAGUUGAGAUGCCACAAACCAGGGAAAAGCUUGCAGCCAUGGCUCUGAUAUAAUUAAUUAACUUAUAAAACUAAUCUAGUCAUGCUGAAAGGUUUAAAACACACAAUAUGAUAAAAAGUUAAGAAGGAAUUUCCUCCCCAGCUGAAACUGUUACCUAAGUAGGAACAAAGUACAAUUAAGUUUACACAGGAAAUGAAAUGAAAAGAUACUGUUAUCAUGUAUUAAAGAGAUUACUUGCCUAUGUGAUCUGUAAUCUAUAAAAAUCUGUUGUAAAUGAUGAUCGGGGUUCUGGAAUUUGGGCACUAGCCGGCCAGAACCUUUGCUUCUGCAGAGCAAAUAAAGCCUUUUAAAAACUUC